AUGGAACAACGUGAAGGCUAUCAUGAUGUAGAACUAACGACAGCAGACGGUAAAUUAGUCCAAUGGCGAGAGAGCGAAAUUCACCGGGUUUUCCCGUCUCUGUUAAGCUCGGUUCCAAUAAGACGAAGUCAGAGACGCAUUACUCUAUUGGUCGAAAUACCAAUAUGCUCAUUCACAGUUGAAAUAAUGAAGCAAUUUUGUCAAACAAAUAAGAUAGUAGAGGAUUUAUCAUUUGCUGAAUAUGAAUAUCUGUUGAAGUGCAUAUUGAUAAUUCCACCAGAUGAACAUCUUCCUCUUCAAAACUUUAUUUUCUCUAUCCUUAUGAAAAAUAUUGAAAGCUACAAUUGUAUUGGAAUCUGGAUGUUGGCCAAGAAGUAUAGAAAUGAGCUCUACAUAGGACAGAGUAAGAAGCAUAUUCUGGAAAAUAUAUUCGAAUACUGUAAAUGUGGGACUAUUGAUUUUCAUUUUUAUGGAAGGUUGAGCAAGCAAGAUGUUAUAGAUAUCGUUAGUGACGACAAUCUCAAUAUUCAAACAGAAGAAGAUGUCAUUAUAAUAAUCUUGGCUUGGAUAGAUGCUUUACCCAAUGAGAGAAACGGUCUGUUGAAAGAGCUUCUAUGCCACGUAAGGAAAGAGGGCUUAUCAAAGACAUUGGAAGAAAUUAGUUCGGUUAACGAAAGCAUCUCAAUAGCUCAGCUUAACCUAAGUUUGAAGCCUUCAAGAGAGUUUAAAGACAAACUUGUAAUUCUUGGCGGUCAUGUGUUUGAUGGAAAGAAAGAUGACAUCACUUCGUCAAUGGAAUAUUAUGAUUUGGUGGAAAACAAAUGGUUAAAGCUGAACAACCUACUACCUUAUGCGUCCUCUUAUCAUGCGACACAGUUUUUCGAAAAUAAUUUAUAUUUAUUUGGUGGAACAAGCUUGCAGUCAGCAGCAUUGUCCAACUGCUGGAAGUUUAUGAAUGGCAGUUGGGUAGGAGUAGCGUCAAUGAACCAAAAGCGAACUUAUAUCACACAAGCAUGUUGUGUACUAGAUGGCGAGAUCUAUGUUAUUGGUGGUCAUGACGGUCGUCGUCGAGAGAGCACUGAAGUUUUCCCAGCAGUUAAUACACGAUUGAAAUCAGUGGAGAAAUACGAUGUGCAUGCUGAUGAAUGGACCACCGUAUCGGAACUGAAUUACGGUAGAUCUGAUGCUGCUUGUACUGUCUUCAACGAUCGAAUUUACGUGUUUGGAGGAUUCGACGGCAAUCGAAUCUUGGACAGCAUUGAAAUGUAUGUACCAAGUCUUGAUAGCUGGAUUGUCAUAGAUACCAAACUGCCCAGCCCACGAUCAGGAAUGUGCUGUGCUUCCUUCGAUGAACGCAUAUGGAUUAUUGGAGGAUCUGAGUAUAAUCAAAAACAUUCAACUGUUUUCUCCUUUCAACCAAAAAAGGAUAUUUGGAUUAUUGAGAAUGAAUUGAAUGUUAAAAGAUCAAACUUCACUAUCGCAACAAUGGGAAGACGUUUUGUUGUGAUGGGUGGUUAUUACAAGAAAAUAUUAAAUUCAGUUGAAACAUUAUACAAUAACGAAUGGCAUGUUCAAGAUAUUGCAAGCUUAAACCAUCCCAAGAGUGCUUUAGCUUCUGUCAUUAUACCAUAUAGCUACUUCAAAGUCAAUUUUCAACAAAAUAUCCAAAAAUAG